AUGAAGAUUUUGAGACAAGCAGAUGAGGAUUAUUACUUAAGUACGGAGUGGCUCUGGCAAAAACAUGAAAGCGACAAUAUUAUUGAAGUCUUCGAUGCUCCAGAUAAGAUAUAUUUAUGCUUCGGGAUAUUUUUAAUAGAUAGGCUAAAACUGUCAAAACCAAAGACUCUAGAUGCUAUAUAUAAAAGUCUAUCGAAAGAGUUAGAGUAUUGGAAUCAACACUACCCUUGGUCAGAGUUAUCCAGUUUUAAAUUACAAUUGAGAGAGUUGUCUGAUUCAACGCCCUAUCUAUUCGGUUAUAAAUGUACACAGGAUAAUAGUGUUGAAGAAAAUGCUCUUAUACUUGGAAUAUUACACAAUAUAUCUCAGGGAUUUGGUCCGGAAAUAUUCGUAAAAAUAUGUGACACUGAUGGUGAUUUUAUACUAGCCGAUUGUAAUGACAGCAUACCCGAAGAAUUCAAUUAUCCAGUAGCUAAUAAUAGAUUAUGGCUACAUGAAGGUAAGUUUAAGUUGAUUCCUACCUACUUUUACCCUGACAGAGGACUUACGCAAGGAGAAUGCAUUGAAUUUUUAGGUAAAGCUCAUUAUAAACUAGUAACGGACCAAAAGCUGAUGAGUGAAAUUGAUAAAAAAUAUAUCCAAUCUUUCCCACACGAGCGUUUAAAUGAUUUACAAUUGUUGAAUAUCAAAAUUGGUGAUAAAGAAUGUCUAGAAAUCUUAAAACAAAAUCCAACCACCCUAAAUUUUAUUAUUAAACAAUUUCACGUAAUUGAUGUCGAAGAUCCGGAUAUCUCGAAAUACAACGGAAAGGGUACAGAGUGCACAUUUUUGAUAUCUAGAGUUUUUUUAGAUUUAUUAUCUCUUUAUAUGGAUUCAAGGGGGUUGAAGAGAGAUCAGGGAGAAGUACAAUUAUAUUCCGGUGAGAUCAUAUCUUUGAUGCUAAAAACUCUAUUGGAGGAUAACACAUUGGCUAUUCAAGAAACAGAUGGUUUACACAUAAAACCUGGAGUGCAUCAUAUGAAUACAACCUUUCAAGAUUUUGAUUUCAAGAAAAGGUCAUUAUCUGACAUGAUAGAACUGAAGGACGAUAUGAUUCCUGAUCAGGAAGCACUUGACAAGGUAGCAGAGUUUAUUUCUCAAUCCAGUACCUUGCAAAAGAAUACCUCGCAAAAGAAGAAUUCGCAAUCGUCUACAAAUGAAUCUAAUCCCGAUUCGGAGGUUAAAGACUUUUUUAAAUCGGAAAAUAUUGAUAUAGACGAUGACGACUUCUUCGAAUUUUUCCUUAAGGAUGGUCUAAAACUUCCACAAGAAAAAAUAGAUGAAUUACAACAACUCCAAUUUGACCCAACUGCCUCAGAUGAUGAUUCUCUUGAGAAUGACAAAUUUAUGGAUGGAUUUGGUGAUGUAAUGGAUAAUAACGAUCUUGAUGAAGGCCUUAUGAAUGCUUUAAACGAAUCCAUGAAAUGGUUAGGUGUAGAAGGCAUGGAGGGGAUACCAUUUGAUCCACUGAAAAAGUUCAUGGCUGACAAAAAGAAAUAA